AUGGCAGUUGCUUACGAAGCUUGGAGAGCAAAGGUACACGUCCGGCAACACUUAAAAACCCCGACGACCACCACAGCGUGUCUCAUGAAGAAGAAUCGAGAAUGCAAGAUUUGCUGCAGUUCGUACAGGAAAAAAGAGGAGAAGAAGAAGAAAAAGAAACAAUGCCCGUGUCCCUGCACCACCCCUUGCGAGUCGAGUAUGCCUGCGGCGUGCAAACGGGUGAAGAAUUUGGGGGACGACUGUUGCCGCUGCUGCGUAGCUCUCUGCCAGUAUAUCGGAGAGUAUGUCAAGUUUUUUAUCGCUCUGAUAUGUUUGAAGAACCCCCAUCCCAAGUUCUGUUGUCGUUUGUGUAAUUUGAUACGCGCCACCGCCAUUGUGUGGCAGGAUGGCUGCGAUAUAAUUCGGUCCGUGAUACACUGUCUUCUUGGAAUGCAUUAA